UAAAAAUAUUUUUUUAUAUGAAAGUUCUGAAUCAAUAGCAUAAAAAAGCAAACUUUCGCAAAGAGAACAGGAAGGCUUCCCAUGCUAUUGAAACACUUCAAAGCCAAAAUCUCCCGCACCCUAAGAACUCUUUCCUCCCAAUCCUCAUCACCUAAAUACAUAGACGCCCAUGCCAUCAAAACAUGCUUUCAUGUUGAAAUUUUCCAUGCCAAUAAGCUCAUCGAAUCCCUCCUUGACAAAGGAGACUUAUGCAAUGCACGUAAGGUGUUCGACGAAAUGCCUUCCAAGAACAUCUUCACUUCCAACCGCAUGAUCUCCGGCUAUGCCAAGUCUGGCAACCUCGAUGAGGCCCGACAGCUUUUCCAUGAUACCAUUGACCGCACUGCCGUCACAUGGACCAUCAUGAUCGGUGCUUGUUCAAGCUCAGGUUGCUUCCACGAGGCCUUCGAGCUCUUCCACCAGAUGUCGAGCUCUGGUAUCAUGCCGGAUCGGGUUGCGAUCAUCGCAUUACUAAGUUCAUGCCAGGGUCAGAACAUGGCGGGAUCUGUUGUUCAGAUUCACACGCAUGUUUUGAAAUUUGGUUUUGAUGAUUCUGUUCAGGUGUUGAACACUUUGGUAGAUUCCUACUGUAAAUCCGGGCUGCUGGGAUCAGCAAAGAAGAUGUUUGAAGAAAUGCCGGAAAAGGAUUCAGUGACUUAUAAUGCAAUGAUUAAUGGUUUCACCAAGGAUGGGUUCCAUGAUGAGGCACUUGAGCUAUUUGGAACAAUGCGAGAGUCAGGAUUGAAGCCUUCACAAUUCACCUUCUCUGGUGUUCUCUCAUCCGCCAACGGACUGGGCGAUUUAGCUCUUGGUCUGCAGACUCAUGGGCUAAUAGUAAGAACAAAUUUUCAUUGGAAUGUGUUUGUGAUAAACUCUUUGCUCGAUUUCUACUCUAAAACCGAUCGGGUUAAUGAUGCCAGAGUUCUGUUUGAUGAAAUGGAGAACCGAGAUAAUAUCUCUUAUAAUGUUAUGAUCUCCUGCUACGCUUGGAGAGGACUGGUUGAAGAGGUUUCCCAACUCUUUCAAGAACUUAAGCAAAUGGAAUUUGAUCGAAAGCUUUUCCCUUUCCCCAGCUUGCUCAGUGUUGCUGGAUCUCUUCCAGAUCUUGAAUCUGGCCGGCGGAUUCAUGCUCAGAUCAUUCUUGCCGGCGCUGCAUCCGAUGAUCUUGUUGCGAACUCUCUCAUAGAUAUGUACUUCAAAUGCGGUGUAAUGGAGACGGGAAAGUUGAUAUUUUUAUCAAAAUCGGAUAAGAACACUGUGUCGUGGACGGCGAUCAUCUCAGGCUAUAUCCACAAUGGGUUAGAUGAAGAAGCGCUGAGAUCUUUCUCUAAUAUGAGAAAAGCUGGAAUCACCCCUGAUCGAGCCACUUUCUCUUCCAUUUUAAGCGCUACUGCAACCCUAACUUUGCUGGUUCUCGGGAAGCAGAUUCACUCAUCUGCUCUUCAGCUAGGCGUUUCGUCAAACGUCUUCGUGGGCAGCGCCUUGCUCGACAUGUACGCUAAAUGUGGAUGUCUGGACGAUACCCAUCAAGCUUUCGACGAAAUGCCCGUUCAAAACAUAGUAACCUGGAACGCCUUGGUUACCGCUUACGGCCAAAAUGGACGUGCGAAGGACGCAAUCAACUUGUUCGACGAAAUGCUUCGCCAAGGAAUCAAGCCAGAUUCAGUCACUUUCCUCAGCAUCCUCUCUGCUUGCAGCCACAACGGCUUCGUUGAGCAAGGGCUUCAAUACUUCCACGCCAUGAAAGAGCCGAGAAAGGAGCACUACGCCUGCGCGGUGGAUAUGCUGGGUCGUGUGGGGAGGUUUGAUGAAUUGGAGAGCUUGAUCCAUCAGAUGCCUUUUGAUGCCGAUGAAAUCAUAUGGAAUUCAGUUCUAAAUUCCUGCCGGAAACACCGAAACGAAAAGCUGGCAGCAAAAGCCGCGGAGAAGCUGUUUGCUAUGGAGCUCGGUGAUGCCGCCCCUUACAUAAUAAUGUCGAACAUCUACUCUCAAUCCGGGCGAUGGAACGAAGCCGCCGGCGUGAAGAAAAUGAUGAGGGACCGAGGACUAAAGAAGGAGAAAGGAUGUAGCUGGGUUGAGAUUAAGGACAAGAUCUAUGUUUUCGCAUCAGAUGAUGGGAUGAAUCCAAGGAUUGGGGAAAUUAGGGCGAAACUUAAGGAAUUGGAAGUGGAGAUGGAAAAUAAAGGGUACAGACCUGAUACGAGCUGCUCGUUGAGGAACGUCGGCGAGGAUGGGACGAAGGCUGAAGCGUUGAAGCGGCAUAGUGAGCGGUUGGCGAUAGGAUUUGCGCUGAUUAGCACGCCGGCGGGGUCGACGAUUAGGGUUAUGAAGAAUUUGCGAGCUUGUGUUGAUUGCCAUGAGGCGAUCAAGGUGAUUUCGAAGAUUGUGGAGAGGGAAAUUAUUGUGAGGGAUAGUAGCCGCUUUCAUCAUUUUAAGAAUGGGAUUUGUUCUUGUGGUGAUUAUUGGUGAAUGAGAUGUUGGAAAGAAUUUUUUU